AUGACUCCAAUUGCACAAGAGUUCGACGAUGAGUACUCACAGACUUUGUAUCCUUGUACAUCAGAAAUCAAGAAUCAAAAGCAGCUCAUCGUUCGCUCACUCGACGCAAAUGACAGCAGUCUUUAUGAGUACGCUGUCUCGUUUCGAGUGAAAAAAUGGGUGAAUGUCUCUCUAUCCGUUCUCGUUCUUCCAUUCGAUGCCACAGGCUACGACGAGAUCGACAAAGUGCUGGUUCGACGCAAUGUCAUGAUCACCGUAGUGACCAGUCCAUUGAAUCGCAAGUCUCGACCAACAUACGCGCGAUGGGGAUACGUUGAUAAAUGCCCGACUUACAUGCCCGACCUCACGUGUUUCUCUCUUAGCAACUAUUUGGCUUUCUUCGGUCCGGAUCCGGGUUUAUUGAUGAGAAAUUCGAUUAAGCUUGGACUUAAAGGUUAUCCAUACCUGUACUCACGAUCAACAGCAACCACAAUUCUCUCCACAGACGAUUGUGUCUUUUGUUUGUACACUAGACUCGAACGUGAUUGUGGGACCUUA